AAACUGCAAGUAGGCCUAAAUUUAUGAAUGUCUGUCAAUAUUUGCAUGUCAACGAAGAAUGUGGGUGUUUGUUUGCUGCAAUUAUGACCACAUGGUGGCGACUCGAGCUCAUAAAAAGCAGUUUUUAUCUUUGCAUGGCAGCAUUGUUUUAAAAGUUCGUGAAUUUUCCUUGACUGUCCCUAUCAUGCAACACAAACAUCUGAAGAUCAACUGAACAAACAAAUGCAGAAGCUGACGCACAUGUGCGAGCGAUGCAGGUAAAUAAAGUUAAACCCCACUCCUGGUGGACCUCAUUUACAGUUGUAUUUACAUAAAUACAUUGUUCAUGUGGAUUCGUGUAAUAUCCUGAACAAUGUUCAAGAUUUACAAUCAAAAUAUAUCCGCGUACUCAAGCAUCAAUAAUGUAUACAUGAGGUUUAAAGCAAUGCAACAAGAAAUCUUACAUAAAGCAGGACGCAAACGAACAAUGAGCUUUCAAACCCAUAACGCAUAGCACAAAAGAUGGCUGGACAUUUAUAUGCAAGCCAAAUCUUAAAUAAAAAAAGAGAUAAAAAUCAGUCUCUUUGUGCUCACAGAUGGAGAGAGGAAUAAAAAGAGACGAUCCUUUUAUAAAGCCUCCUCUGAGUGGAGUGCUUACUGCCUGGAUUGUCUGUUACUGUUUUAAUCCCAUUAAUUAAAAUGUUAACCUGAUUGGGUAGCGAGCGCUCAGUCCCGAUAGGCGAAUCUUCUUCAUAUUAAUAGCCCGACUUGAGAUAAUGAUGUAAAAGACUCCCCCUUCUGUUGCUGAUGCUGAUCGCCGUCGAGAUCUACAAAGUGUGUCUCAACACGAUAAACGCAGUGUAGAGCACUUUAGGAGGAGCCACUGUCUCUACACCUCACUUGACAAGUGGAACAGCCAUCAACAUCAACUCAUAGAGCAGAAACUCAAGGAGAGUGGAGGAGAGUGGCCAAGUCAAGUUUGACCAAAUCUGACUUUUUGGAGACUAUGGACAGGAGAAUAAACUUGGGUGGCGACAUUUUUCACAAAACUCUCAGCGCGGUCUCCGGCAAAAAGAUGGACUCGUUUCGACCUUCCACGGCUAUUGAGCUCGCUUCCAGGGACACCCAGUCGCCAAUCAGCUGUUUUGAACAGCCAGACCUAGACCCGGUUCAGCCCGGAGGACUGACGGCCGGGAGAGCGGGAACGCUGGGGUUGCCGACUGGAUCUUUGUGCGUGAAAUACGGCGAGAGCGCAAACAGAACUUCGGCUGCGGAGAGCAGCGGAGGUGAGCAGAGCCCGGACGAUGACAGUGACGGACGCUGCGACAUGAUGCUCCUGACGGACGGGAGAAUGUCGUUGUCCGGGGGAAAGUCUGAGGGAGGUAAGAAAAACAAAGAGCAGAAAACUCUGAGACUGAACAUCAACGCCCGGGAGAGACGGAGAAUGCACGAUCUGAACGACGCGCUUGAUGAACUGCGGGGUGUGAUACCUUACGCGCACAGCCCAUCGGUACGGAAACUCUCCAAAAUUGCCACAUUGCUUUUAGCCAAAAAUUACAUUCUCAUGCAGGCACAGGCGCUGGAAGAGAUGAGGAGGUUGGUUGCGUAUCUAAACCAAGGCCAGGCAAUGUCUGCUGCCUCGUUGCCCCCCACCACAACUCUCACGCCAGGUCUGAGCGCAUACGAUCCGCCGGCUGGUUACCCGUUCCCCGCAGGAGUUCCAGCAUCCUCCUGUCCAGACAAAUGUGCCCUUUUCAACAAUGUCACCUCCAGCCUCUGUAAGCAAUGCACUGACAAGCCUUAAACUCUUCGGCGACUUUCGUAGAAGCACAUGCGAAACUUUUGACUUAAUCCAACGCUGACUGUUGAGGAAAGACUGACUGUCAGUACAGUAUGUUUGCCGCUUUUGAAAUGAGGUCAACAUAAAAAGAAUGCUAAAAAAACGAUUUCAUUCAAAGAAACACAUUUGUUCCUAAACUGAUUGUGUAAAUACGGUAUAGCAUAUACUUUAAGUACUGGUGAGAGUGAGAUAAACCAAACAAAGUCUAUGUCUGAUAGUAGCCCAAGUGGGGGCAGAAUGAACAGUUCAUUAACAGCAUUAUUGUGGACCCUUCAGAAUGACGUGUAUUACAAACCUGACAACAUGCAACCAUGUUUUACCUUAUUUACGACGCCAAACUUUUAAAGGUUUUAAUCCUGCAAUAAGUAUUCUUAUUUUGAGUUUAUUUUAUGUAAAUGUGUGACGUGUGUUCUAAAAGCAGAAUCUGGAAUUGUCACGGAAAAUAUUGGACUUUAUAGACUUUGUUCGAAAAUAGCCUAUAUGUUAUUUCGAAAUCUUAGUUGAGAUUGGUAAUUUAAAAUUGUAAUAUAUUGUUAGUUUGGUGGAAUCAAAAAGUUGUUUUGGUUUUUAUUUCUCUAACUGGAUGAUAUCAAGUGGGUCUGCAUGCUGGGUCUGAUUAUGCAUUGCCAUCUUUGCUGUAAAUCUCGCCGAUUUGUCUUCUUUCGUUUGUUUUUUACAAACACACAUACAGUUUGGCUAGAACGGUUUUAGCUUGUUGUCAGGUCAAGGCUGGAAGCAUUGUACAGUACAGUAGAUAUAUUAGUUUCACUUGUGACCGGAGAGGGCCAUUUGUAUGUGUUUAUGUAUCGGAGAGCUUUAUUAAAAUAUUUUGAUCCAAAGUAUUGUCGCCUGGUUGUAUGUUUACGCCAAUAGUGAAGUGAUUCAAGGUUUUUGUUGGCUCGAACAAGAUUACGAUUAAUGAAUAGCAGGAAAGUCACUUUAGAAAACGAAAAAAAAAAAUUAAUUCGUGAAAUGUGUUAACUUUGGCAUCUUAUUUAUUUAUUAUUCGCAGACUAUGUAAAGAAAAAAAAGCAAAAAAAAAUUAUGUUGCUCUUUUUAAAGUAUAAAGGAUUGUGAUUUAAAGGAUUGUGUAAGGAUAAUGAUUUUAAUUAUUCGUUUUACAUGGAAAGAAGCAAAGCUCUGGAAAAAAGGCCAGUCAUGUCCAAAAGUGAAUGUCUGUGUUACAGUAUAAAGCUCCGAUCAUGAUUUAAAAAAAAAAAACCGUGACGGUGUUUAUUAAUGUUAAUAUGAAAACAACAUUGUAAAAAAACUGUCAACUGUAAUACCUAUAUUCCUUUUAAUUAAACACAUCGUUAAGGCAAUUAAACCUACUGGAUGUGAUUAAGGAACAUAAUUACGACACUGUUCACUGCUGUAAUUGGGUGUCUUUA